AUGGCACUUCUGAACGCCCGCACUCGCCAAUUUAAGGAAUAUGUCAAUGGGGACAUUCCCCCGUAUGCAAUCUUGUCGCACACCUGGGAUGAGCAGGAGGUCUCGCUCAGCGACAUGGAUACAAGAAGAUCGACUGGGCAUGCCUCCUGGCGCAGCAGCCUCGAAUACGUGUGGAUCGACACUUGCUGUAUCGACAAGUCAAGUAGUGGCGAGUUGGCAGAGGCCAUCAACUCCAUGUACAGCCGGUACGCACAGGCCGAGACGACUGCGCCCCUGGAAACAUUGACCAACUGUCACUGGUUCUCGAGGGGAUGGACUCUCCAGGAACUCAUCGCUCCUAAGCGUAUGAUUUUCUUCGACGAGAACUGGAACCAGAGGGGCACAAAGAAGGACCUCGUCGACAGACUCUCGCACAAAACGGGCAUUCCCAAAGCAAUUCUUCUGCACCAGAGGCCGCUCUCCUCGGUGUCCGUUGCGCAAAAGAUGUCGUGGGCAGCAGGCAGAGAAACGACCAAAGUCGAGGAUACGGCUCCCUUUCUGUACGGCGAGGGCCACCGAGCCUUCCGGCGACUGCAAGACACCAUUGUCAGCUCGGUGCCCGACUUGAGCAUCUUUGCCUGGAAGCUGCAACCACCUCCGUCCUCAACAGACCCGGCCGAAAGAAACUUGCAGCGCCGCGAGUAUUGCGGUGUCUACGCGCCGUCACCCUCCGCAUUCGCCGCAUCUCGAUCCUUCGUAAAGCAAAAGGCAUUUGGCCGGCCGGAGCUGCUGCCCAUGAACGGCAGCAUUAUGGCCAGGAUGCAGUUCUUGAUCGAGAUGACGCCGAAGAACGGAGGAUACCGCUAUCUCCUUCCUCUUUCCCGGCGACAGGGAAUAUUAUAG